AGAUUACAAUCAGAAAUCAUUAUUAAAAUAGUCGUGAAAAUAACUUGCGGCUACGCAGCAAAGAAAACGCGGCGAAAUUCAAAUAAAAAACGCGACUGUAAGCUGGCGCCCUCGGUCGCUCAACCUACAUAUGUAUCGUAAAAUUACUGAAAUUUCUAGAACUUUCGGUCGGCGGAAGAUAACUUUCCAGAAAGUUACUAGCAAGCACGCGUGGUUCUUUUCCCCAGAACGGUAUAAGCUGAGCAGUCAGCAUUUCUCGUGCACACGCGCAACUCGCAACCAAGGGCAACGAUUUUGGAACGUUUUUGCAAGCAAGAGACGCAAACUCGUAAUUAGUUUACACCAAUUUACGUUGAUAUCAAAGUUCAGUUCAAGACUUUUACAUAUUUUCUCACUACGACAAUUGUCAAUAAAGUUUUGACACGACAUUUCUUGUGAGCAUAUACCGCUAUAUCGAUUGCCUACCACGAGAGUUUUCUGCACCUGAACCUAGAAUAAUCGCACAGAUUCGACAUCACUGCACAUCAGAACAUCUGGUGUUGCUUUCAAGGUGAUAGUUUGUGAGAUCGUUUCAAGUUCAGCAGUUUUGAAAAUAUGGCUAAGUGGGGUGAAGGUGAUCCACGUUGGAUUGUUGAGGAAAGGCCUGAUGCCACUAAUGUCAACAAUUGGCAUUGGACUGAGAAAAAUGCAUGUGCUUGGUCACAAGAAAAGAUCAAGGAUCUUUUCAAGGAUGCCAUCAUCGAAGGGGAUGGUUUCAAAUGUAAGAUUUUUGAAGUUGAGAAAUGUGAAGGAGAAGCGGUUGCGAAUAACAGAAAAGGAAAAUUAAUAUUCUUCUAUGAAUGGAACAUUGUACUCAAAUGGAAAUGUCCUUCUGAGAAAGAUCCAAAAAAGAAAAUUGAAGGUAAAAUUAAUAUUCCUAAUUUGUCGGAAGAAAAUGAAAUAUCUGAAGUGGAGAUUGAAUUCACUCUUAAAGAUAGCACAGAUGAAGGAGAACGCAUAAAGCAACUCUUGCAUACAAAAGGGAAAGAGAGUAUUAGAGAAAAACUGAAACAAUAUGUAUCAAGCUUGAAAGAAGAGUUUACUAAAGGUAUGAUUCUUCCAAAGAAAGAGGAGAUGAAAGAUAACAUCACGAACAUAACAUCAGGUUUCAAUAGCAAAAUGCAGAUGAAUGCUACUAUUAAUUCAAAUAAUAAUCAAUCUGUUGAUUGCAAAGUCGUUACUACGACAGUAAAACAGCAACAAAAGUUUAUGUGUAGAGCGCAAGAGUUUUACAAUGUCAUGACAAUAUCUGAGAUGGCGGUGGCAUUUACGAAAGGUCCGGUAAAACUUGAAGCCAAGAAGGACGGCAAAUUUGAAUUCUUUGGUGGUAAUAUUUAUGGAGAGUUCGUAGAACUUUCGCCAACGAAAAUUGUGCAAAAAUGGAGAUGCAGAUCAUGGCCUGCUGGACAUUUCAGUAACGUAGUUAUGGAUAUCUCUGAAAAAAGUGACCAUACAGAAGUUAAUCUAACGCAGACUGGAGUUCCUGUGAGCGAGGAAGAUUCAACGAAAAAAAAUUGGGAACGAUAUUACUGGGAAUCAAUUAAGCGAACCUUCGGUUUUGGCAUUUUCAUGUGAUUUAACUCUAUUGCGCCUUUAAUUGUCAUUUUAUAUACACAUAAGCGAGUACGUAAUUGUUGUACGCGCAGCCGUCACUACCCUUGCCGUGAAGGGUCUUUGCUACGUAGGUAUUAUACAUAUUUAUUAAUGAGUAAAUAAAGUGUCGAGAGGACGUCUGCGCGAAACGACGUUUUACUCGUUAAUGUGUUCUCACAAACGUAAUGGCGAAGCACAAUAUUGUAUCACCGAUUAUUGCGAUGCCAAGAAUCCAGCUUCACUCUUUUGACGCAGGUUUCGUAUAGGGUGUUUUCUGGAGAAUUUCGCGAAAUUUCGAUGAUCAGGCGCAGAAAACGAAUAUUUACAAUGCGUUACCUUCGUUUUUGAAUAAAAAAUAGUGCAAAUUAUGUAUAUUUUGUAAUGCAACAGACAUACGAAACAACAUGAUAAAAACAAACUGUCGGUUACAAAAAUAUUUUACUUUCGGAUUUUUCUUUUACGUAACUAAACAAUUUUAUAAUCUUGUAAUCAUUCAUUUCAUCAUGAUCUUUAUAAAAGAUUUCCAUUUUUUAAAGCAAUGCUUAAGUUCACUUGAUUUAAAUAUUAAUUGAACAAUUUUAUACGGCAAUGUUUAUAAAACAAAAAUAAACUACAAAUGUA